AUGGCGGACGGYGAGAUAGAAGAAGUUGAAAAGAAAGAAGAAGAAUUUGUGCUAGACGAGAAGCCUGAACUCGAAGAGGCAAAGUCAGAAAUCGAAGAUGUCGCAAUGCAAGAUAAAAUGGAGGCUGAAUGCAUAGUAAGCAUUGAAGACACYGUSGCUGACCCAGACGAUGAGAAAUCYUGUGAUACGACAACGAUGCCAGACAAUGAAGACUCCACAUUGCCAGAUUCUGAAACUUUGGAUGACAUUAAUGCCAAAUCAAUGAAUGGUAGUGAUCUGGCGGACAGCUAUUGYGCAAAUUUUGGCAUUUUAGGAAGCAGUAUGGACAGUAACUUGUCUAGUAGUCAUGGCAGUCUGCUGCAAAGUGGUCUUUCAGUUAGCAAAGGAAAGGACACKCAGAAAAAAUCCUACAGAGGGAAGAGAAAGUUUGAUAACAGUCAGCAAUUUUCUUCGUCUAAGAAGUCCAAAACAGAUAUGCCAGCAUCACAGAAACUACCACCUCAUGGGUACCCUUUGGAGCAUCCAUUCAACAAGGAUGGAUAUCGGUACAUUUUAGCCGAGCAGGACCCAGUUGCACCAAAAGCAAAUUUUGACCAUGAGUAUUGGGCAGGAAAACCAAUUCCUGGCGACCUGUAUAGAGUUACCUUACAUAACGAAGUCUUGUUAUCCAUGAAUGACAGAGCUCCACAAUUAAAGCUAUCAGAUGACAGGCUUUCUGUAACUGGAGAAAAGGGCUACAGCAUGAUCAGGGCUUCACAUGGUGUUAGAAAAGGUGCAUGGUAUUUUGAGAUUAGCAUUGAAGAUAUGCCUGAUGAARCAGCAGCAAGAGUAGGCUGGUCUCGACUUUAUGGAAAUCUUCAAGCUCCCUUGGGUUAUGACAARUUUAGUUAUUCAUGGAGAAGCAAAAAGGGAACUCGUUUUCAYCAAAGCAGAGGCAAGCAUUACUGUGACAGUGGUUAUGGGACAGGCGAUGUACUAGGAUUUUAUAUUUAUCUACCAGACCACAAUGCACACCCUUCCACUUAUCUGCCAUCAACAUUUAAAGAUAGGGCACUUAUCAAGUUCAAAAACUACUUAUAUUUUGAAGAGAAGGAUCAAGUAGAUGAAGCUGUUAAAACUUCAACAUCAUUAGAAGGAAGUCAGAUAAAAUUCUUCAAAAAUGGAGUUUGUCAGGGGGUUGCAUUUGAGAAUAUCUUCGAAGGAACCUACUAUCCAGCCAUAUCAGUUUACAAAAAUGCGACAGUGAAAAUUAACGUUGGUCCAAAGUUUCAAUUCCCACCAAAUGACGAAGCUGUGCGACCUAUGUGUGAACGCGCUGAAGAAAUGAUAAUUGAACAAGCCAUGUCGGAUUCAUUGUAUCACGUUGAAGCCCAGGAAAGACCAGCUUUACCGACGGACAAACCUCUAUUCAGCGCGAAGCGAAAAUAGACAAAAAAUAAUUCUUCUAUCAUCCAAAUGAUAACGGUCAAUGCGUUUUGAAUUUUUUKUUUAGAUUUGUUUUGUAUUCAUAUGAAUAUCGUGGAUCGGUUUGUGAUUGCGUUUUUGAAUUCAUGGACAAUGACUGAAGGAAGGAAUUGAUCGAAUUGAGAAAAGGAAACUAAAAAUGGAGAUGAAAAAGGGAGAAGAAAAGGGACUUAUMAUGAAAAGUCUAUAGAAAAGAUAAUGAAGUCAUGAAAUGAAAAUGAAAACUAAAAAAUUGCAAAGAAAGAGAAAGAGAGUUGUAUAAAUAUUAUAGAGAAAGGUAAAGGAAAAAAAAACAAAAGUAAAAAAUUCAAAAAACAGAGGCGCGAAAAAAAACUUAGUAUCGAAUGAAAACUUGUAAAGUGCGUGUACUUUUGCUUUUCUUUAGAUAUUGAAUUUUAUUUUAAGUAGAAAGAAGUAGAGAAUUUAACCAUAUAGUUGAAAUUACCGGAGUACAGUAUUUCGA